AUCUAUUUGAUGCGAUACUCGAAAUGAAGAAAGUCGUCUCGAAGAUGAAGCGUGCUUUGCACCUAAGGUCAUCUACACUGGAUUCUAGAGCUAAGGUCGUCGAUUCAGCCACGCAUCCUGGAUGUGCCGAUCAAGCACCAAUCCGUGAGGAUUCCAGGAAACAGUUUGUUUUUUGCGAUCCGCCUCAAUAUGCGCUUCCGGAAGCUCUUCCGCCCGAGAUCCGCUAUCAUAUCAUGUCCAUGUUGGACCUACACGGGCUUGAAGCCUUAGUUCAUGCGUCCUCUGUCUAUUAUCGUCAAUAUUCGAUAGACCGUAAGCGCUUACUGGCCAAGUGCUUAGCCACGACAUUGCAAAGCGUUGCUCUCGAUGCGUACCUUGUAUACGAAUCUGGCUCGAUCAAAUUUUCCAGAAGCCGCAAUCCUGAAGCCGUCACCAAGCUGCUUGGGUUCUACGAGGGGCGCCGCGCUUUGUCCGAGUACCCCUUAAUGAGCGAAGAGCUCACCACAGACGAGGUUUCAAGUAUGGCGACGUUUCAUCUUUCAUUAAUACAGCCCCUUGUACAGCGAUAUACCGUCUGGGCGUUGAGCAAUCUAGCGCAUGAACCUGAAGGACUGCAAAGCGAUGCAUCGCUCAGUACGACGGAGGAGUUACGAAUCUUGCGUUCCAUGUAUCGCUUCCAGCUAUGUUGUAACCUUUUCGGCGUCGGCUGCCACGGGACGCCAUUCAGCCCAAGAUCAGACUUCGACUCCGUGGGCAUUUUGAGAUUUUUCUUGUCGAUAUUCGAACCCUGGGAGGUAGAGGAGAUCGCGUGCAUCUACGCCUUUGCAAAAGAAAGGUACGACGAAGUCUUUGAUGAUAUUCGUUGGGAUGUACACGAAGAGAACCCCAAGUUCGAUGGACAGCGACCGCCCACCCCAGAUGGUGCAUUUGAUUUUGACAACAGCUGGAUAAGGCAUUGCCUCCUCAUUGGAACUAUUUCCCGUGGCCUUAAGCUCCUGCACACCGUGCUCUUCAAGAUCGAGAAUCACGAGCACUUGGUGUCGACCAUGCAAGACCGGAUUGCUUGGCCUGCCGGCAGUUUCCUUGAGGGUGAGGCCCUAGGAGAGACUGCGCAGAUCAUGCGGCGCAAUCGGCACCCUUCCCCUCGGGACUCGAAAGAGGAGAGGCGCGAUCCGUUGCCUUUUCAAGGUGAUGGGCUGCAUGAUGUGCAUCCCCCAUUAGCAUGGACAUUGAUAUGGCGCGGCACCUAUAGUAACCUGUUUGGUCACUACAUGGAGGACUCGAUGCGGCGCUGGGGGUACGUGAUGUGGGAUGCGGCGCGUUUGGAGCGCUCUGGGGGGAAGGACGUCUUGAAGCGCCAGUGGAAGGCUACCACCAUCUCCAGCCUCAAAGACCCCUCCGCUUCCAGCACCCUUUGGUAUCGAAUUCAUGUUCUCAUCUUCGACCUCCAGAACUUCAACACCCCCUCCUCCAACAAGCGCCUCGAAAAGGUCGUAGAUCCUUCCUUCGUUGGCAAACCAUACUUCUCUCCCGAAGAAGCCGACAAGAUCAAACAAACCGUCGUCGACGCCAACGGCAAGACCUUCUCGCAAAUGGUGGAAGAAGCCCUCAACGAGCGCCUAGAACGGCGGCAGAAGAAACGUGUCGAGAGCGGCGACUUUCGCGUCUGCGCGGCUCACGAUCUGGCUCCCAUCAUGGGACGCGCCCUGGGUAUCGAUCUGAAGCAGAUGGAGAAAGACAAGGAGUUUGCGACGUUAGCAGAGACCAAGGGCCUCUGGCUAGGAGGGGAAACCUGGGGUGGACUGAAAAAGAAGUCGUUUUCUCCGAAGAAGAAGAGACGAUAGGAGCUAUAGGCCACGGCUGCCUUGUCGCGACAAUUUUCGAGGGCCUGCGGUCGCGGAUGUAUGUCCUUCUCCUCUGGCAACACGGACGCCACCACUUAUUCCGACCUGAGCAAUCAAGACCUAGUUCCAUAUCAUCUCGCUCUAUCGCUACACUGCACGCAUGCGC